GAGCGCCCGGGUCGCCAGGGCGGGCGCGGCAGCCCGUCGCCUCACUUCCGGGAGCGCCCGGGUGCUGAGGCCGCCGCUCGCUCGCUCGCAGCGCUGCCAGCCGGCCGGCCCCGAGCCGCAGAGCGGGUGAGCGCGCAGCCAGGCCGAAGCCCCACCGUCGGCGCGGAGCCGUCCGCUCUCGGCGGCCAUGGGGGCGUCUGCGCGGCUACUGCGCGCGGCUAUCAUGGGGGCGCCGGGCUCCGGCAAGGGCACCGUGUCCUCGCGCAUCACCAAACACUUCGAGCUGAAGCACCUCUCCAGCGGGGACCUGCUCCGAGACAACAUGCUUCGGGGCACAGAAAUUGGUGUGUUAGCCAAGACUUUCAUUGAUCAAGGGAAGCUCAUCCCAGAUGAUGUCAUGACUCGGUUGGUUCUUCAUGAGCUGAAAAAUCUCACCCAAUAUAGCUGGCUACUGGAUGGUUUUCCAAGGACACUUCCACAGGCAGAAGCCCUGGAUAGAUCCUAUCAGAUAGACACAGUGAUUAAUCUGAAUGUGCCCUUUGAGGUCAUCAAACAACGCCUCACUGCUCGCUGGAUUCAUCCAGGCAGCGGCCGCGUCUACAACAUCGAAUUCAACCCUCCCAAAACCAUGGGCAUUGAUGAUCUGACUGGGGAGCCUCUCAUUCAGCGUGAGGAUGAUAGACCAGAGACGGUUGUCAAGAGACUGAAGGCUUACGAAGCCCAGACAGAGCCCGUCCUGGAAUACUACCGGAAAAAAGGGGUGUUGGAAACAUUCUCUGGAACAGAAACCAAUAAGAUCUGGCCACAUGUAUAUGCUUUCCUACAAACAAAAGUUCCACAGGUAAACCAGAAAACGUCAGUUACUCCAUGAGGAAAAGUGCAUAUAACUAGUAAGAUGAGCAGAAGCUCUUUGUCUGUGCAUUUAGUGGUUCCUUAUCCUAAGACUCUGUCAUGUAUAAAUUCUUUGAAAAUUGUUGUUUUACUUCUGCUGAUUUUAUUCUGGAAAUUAAAGAUGUGCCAAAUGAGUCAGAUAUGAAGAUUGAUCUUUUGAAGUGUUUGUUGUGUUUUAUCCAGUUAUCUUCUAUGGAUGUACAAUUAAAAACAUCAGAGAUGUCUAAACUUUUGAAAAUUGUUGAGCAUAAUUAAAAGAGCAAUUGGUAAUAAUCUAAGUUUUGUUCAGAAGAGAAGAGGUUGAUAAAGUUUCCUUAUUUUUCUGGAAAAGUAAAAAAAGAAAAAAAUUCCAUGUCAGUUGUGGAAAGUGUCUUAUCAGAGGCUUUUGUGUAGACUGAUGCCAAAAGAGAUCUCUAGCACUGUGGUACUGGUUUUGUGGGACACUAUGUCUACAGAAUUCCAGGAAAAAAGCUACUGGAUAUACAGAUUCAUUGCAGGAUGCAAAUUCACUGCUGCUUUUUAUUGACCUGAAACAAAUAGACUGCCAGAUAUUUCUCCAGCAAAAUGGGUUUAUUCGAGAUCAGCAGAUAAUUUGGGGCUUGCAACCAUGGUGAGCCAUGUGCAAGUCCUCCCCACAGCAAGGCAAGAAGAAUGCUUUUAUAAAGGGGAAAGGAAGUUGGGAGUGCUGUAGUAAACAAAGAGUCCAUGGCUUUUCAUUGGCUGAAUCCUUGCCAGUUUUCUUCCUUUUGGGCUAUGCUGUCUUCACAAGGCAUAAGAGCUCCCUCUUGUGGUCUCCUGACUCUAUUUAAUUGAGGUUUCUGUUUAUUUUUUUACACUUUACAGUAGCAAACUUACAAUAGCCAUAUAUGCUAUAUUUUGUUGUUAAACAUUUGUUUACUCCACAUUUUCAGUUUGCUAUAAAAAUGUAUCAAUUAGCAUAUAAGGAAAUAUAUUUUCUUAACAACUUAUUUUCUUUGAAAAUACUUGUGUACUAAGGGAUAUGAUUUGUUAUAAAUUGACGUCAUAAAUUCUUGUUGCAAAAGCACCAAAGUUGAAUUUUUAAUAGAAUCUGCAGUUUCAGGUGUUACUCAGGUUAAGAAAUAUGUGCUUUAGGAUCUAUUUGCCAGUUUCUCUUUUUUUGAUCCAAAUGUAUGAUCUGCCUUGAUGAAUAACAAAUUAAAGAGAAAACAAAGAGACAAAGAGAAACAGAGAGACAGGAAGAAAGGGAGAGAGAGGGAGGGAGGGAGGUGGGGAGGAAGCCAGGGAGGGAGGUGGGGAAGCAAGGGAGGAAGGAAGGAAGGAAACCCACCGCACUUUGCCAUUGGGAAAUAGGUCAGGUUUGCCUGGGGGAAAUUCCCUUGACAUAAAUAACAAUCGUAAUUAGUAAACAGGUGUAGCAAUUAAAAAGAUUUACAUGACCUGUUAAACCAGGAAACUGACUGAUUUUGCUUGGAAGAGUUCUUUAUUCCUAAUCAAAGAAAUUGACACCUGCUAGUAUUCACUGCUGUCCUACCUUAAUGGAGAAGAAUUCUGCUGGUCAGUGUAAUCUGAGCAGUCAUUUUAAAAUGAAAAUGAUUGGAUUCCUUAGUGGGGCAAUAGGAUGCAUGCUUAUGUAUGGUGGCCUGGUAGGAAGAGCAGGGCAAUGAGAGGUGAAGGAGAAAUCCGACAAUAUCUUCAGUUCUCUUACUUGGUGCUAGAUUAAAUGAAACAAGUCAUUGUAAUAAGCUAUUAUUAACUGCCUUUGAAAAUUUGGCCCAUUUUAUUCUAGGCACUGAAAAUACAAAUGCCAGCAAGUAAUUCUUAUGUAUCUUGUGGGGGAAAAGACCUUACUUUUCUUUGAUUAUUAAAAAUUUAAUAUUGAUCUUUCAAAAAUAUACCAAGUUUUUAAAAAGGAUUAUGGUAAACAUUUCAUUCUUCACAAAACGUCCUUUAAUGCCUUAUUUGAAUGUUGUUAUGUGCAUUCUAAAAAUGUUGGGAACUGCUCUACUUAUGAAUUAUCAAGUGUACAUUAAUGUCAAUGAAUUAGAAUUAAAUGAAAAUUGAAAACUGUG